AUGAGAAACAUCUCGUCGUACAGAAGUAAUCGUCGUUUAAGAAAACCACAGCAUCUAGUCACUAUCAUUCCCAGUACAUCUCUUUCUGCGAAACAAAUCACAUCGACUGUCAAUGCAUCAAUACCGAUCUCUUUCGUUAUACAUUCUAAAGUUCUGCUUCUAUUGAUUUGCGUACCGUUGGCUUUAUUUGUCUUAACACUUAUUUUACGCUCAAUUCGUAAACGAAAGCAAAAUGCAACAGAAUUUGUGAAUCAAAGAUGUUCUACAUAUAGACAAGGCUUACGUGAGAAUCUGGAGACGAUUUCGAUUGACGACGAACCAUUGAUGAAAAAAUCGACACCUCAUUCAACUGUCAGUACGAGUGAAACGCAGACAGUUGAACCUUCUAUUAUCUACCGGCAACUGGAGAAAUCCUUAUCUAGGUCUCUUACUCCUCAAGUUCUCUCAACAAUAUCUAUUGAUGCUUCGACAAACGUUCAUGUCGCCGAUUCGCAAAUAGAUCACCAAGAUCCAUAUCAACUGCUCAUCGAACGUAUGCCAUGCAUUUUAUCUAUUGAUCAUUCGAGAGAUUCAUUGGUAUCAAAAAGGUCACAGCUUACAUCGUCAGCAUAUCCCGAUACCGACGCGAGCACUAUCAAUUACUCGUCUUUAUCCAGUUUAGGUUCUGCUAUACGUCGCUAUUCAAGAUUUCUACAACCAGAAACAGCUCAUCCACUCUCAUCUACUAAACCUAUUGAUUAUAGGUCGUCGUCUACUUCGUCAAUAUCUGGAUGCAUUUACCUCUCAGAAAUAAUAGCACGUGAAAAACGCACGCCUAGUAAUAGAUCCGUUCUUUCGACAGAUGACGAAGAAAGUUGCAUAUAA